AUGGUUCCCAACGACGCGAGCCGCGGCGGCGAGAUCGUGGAGGUCGUCGUAGGCGAGCCGGCCUCGCCGUCGGCCGCAAUGCGGCUCAUGGACUUCAUCCCCAUCUACAUUCCCACCGUGGAGAAGGGAGCGCUGAACAGGGGCGCGCGCAAGACGCGGUUCCUGGACUUCCUCCGCGCGCGCCCGUCCAAGAAGUGGUUCCUCCGGUCCACCUUCGUGGGACGCCUCCGCCGCAGGAGCCAGGUCACGGCCGGGGACGAGGAAGACGGCCGGGACUCCGACGGUAACGCUGGUGGGUGCCGGCCGCGGAGGAGGCGGAGGCGGUUCCGCGUGCCGUUCGUGCGGAAGAUCAGGUGGGGCAAGCUGUGGACUCACGUGGUGAGCUGGUGCAGGCGGCCGGCCAACUUCGCGAUGAUCAUCUGGCUGGCGUUCGUCGCGGCGGGGCUGCUGCUGCUGUUCCUGCUCAUGACGGGGUUGCUCGACGACGCCAUCCCGGGGGACGACUGGCGCAAGAAGUGGUCGGAGGUGAUCAACCAGAUCCUCAACGCGCUCUUCACCAUCAUGUGCCUGUACCAGCACCCCAGGAUCUUCCACCACCUCGUGCUGCUCCUCCGGUGGCGCCCCGACGGCGACCGCGAGGCCAUCCGCAAGGUGUACUGCAAGGAGGGAGCGCCGGUGCCGCCCCGCGACCGCGCCCACAUGCUGGUGGUGGUGGCGCUGCUGCACAUCACCUGUCUGGCCCAGUACUUCUGCUGCGCUCUGUUCUGGAGCUACUCGCGCACCGACCGGCCGAACUGGGCUCUCAACAUCGGCUACGGCUUCGGCACGGGGCUCCCCGUCAUCGCCGCCCUCUACUUGGCCUACAGCCCGCUGGGCCGGAAGCAGGCACGCGACCCCGACGCGGAGCCGUCGUCGUCGGGCGAGGAGGCGAACGGUCACGGCGGGGCGCCGGAGAACGGCGGCCGCGACGUGGAGAUCAGGAUAUACAACCGGUCCGUGGUGGUGAGCAGGCCGGAGUGGAGCGGCGGGCUGUGCGACUGCUGCGACGACGGGACGGUGUGCGCGCUGUCGGCGACCUGCACCUUCUGCGUCUUCGGGUGGAACAUGGAGCGCCUCGGAUUCGGCAACAUGUACGUGCACGCCUUCACCUUCAUCCUGCUCUGCGUCGCGCCGCUCCUCAUCUUCAGCGUCACGGCGCUCAACGUCUACGACGACGACAUCCGCGACACCGUCGUGGCCGUGGGCGUGCUCCUCUGCUUCUGCGGCUUCCUCUACGGCGGCUACUGGCGGACGCAGAUGCGGAAGCGGUACAAGCUGCCGGCAGGAGGUGGCGGGCGGCGGGCCGCGGUGGGCGACUGCGCCAAGUGGCUCUUCUGCUGGAGCUGCGCGCUCGCGCAGGAGGUCCGGACGGCUAACUUCUACGACUUCGACGACGAUCGGUUCGUCGGCCACGGGGCGCGCAACGAGGAGGGCCGCGCCGUGCUGGUGCCACUGCCGCGGGAGGCGUCCACGUCGACGCACUCCCGGAGCCUGUCGUGCCCGCCCAAGAUUGACGCCAUGGCAGCACUGAGCGGCGCCGGCACGGGCACACUGGAUGAGCAGAUGGUCGACAUCGCGAUGGGGAGGUCGGCCACGUACAACGGCUAUGGCGAUGCCAUGAGCCCGCCUUUGCCGCCGCUGAUACAAAUGCACAGGGAGAAUUAG